ACACGAUCGACAAGACCAACUUGUGCCAUAGAGCAGCAUGAUUUAGAAUUGAGACGACGAAAUGUUCGGAAAUCCUAACAAUUUCUGUUUUAAACUACUUUUGAGAAUUUUCUAGGAUUUAUCAGUGAGCGUUUCGGAAUACGAUAGUAUCGAAGAGGAAGAUUAUACACCAGCUUCAACGAGACACUUGGAAUAUAUUGGAGUUUGGGAUUUUGUUGGAGUAUACUUGUGGAACCAUGGAUAUACCACCAUAGGGUCCAAAACACGAAUCAUAAUGAAGAAGGAGACUCUAUUCAUCUACAGGCAUGGCGUGUAGUUGGAUUUUAUCAAUAUAGGAGAAAGGUUUUAGUAAACAACAUGUAAGCUGGCUUGAUGGAUCUUCAUGUAUCAGACCAAGUCCUCAGGGAAAAUUGGUCAGAAUAUUAAAUUUAAGAUAUGAAUCAAUUUUCUUGAAUUGUCACAUAAGGGAAUUUGGAUUAAAAAAUCUCCUAGUGAAAGAAAUCAAAGGAUAAUUAGAAAUAUGGAAGGAAGGCCAAUAGCAGAUUUACCCCCAUUGGAAAGAGCAAGGAUGAUGAACUCCGGAAUAUCCGGCAGUCCACAUCCAACAUACAUAGAUACAGUUAACAUUGGUGGAUUAGCAAUCAGACCCCCAGGAGAUUUAUCAAGGGGUUCAGGCUCUAUGUACCCUGGGAGAAUGGUACCCCCUCAAUCUCCCGUACCACCCUCACUUCACCCAGCCCCUCAAGGCUAUGGAACCCUAGGACUCCCUCUAGGAUCCAGUAGUGAGGCUGCCUAUAAGUCUGCCCUCUAUCCGCCAGGCCUGCAUGCAUCUUGGCCUGCUACUGUCAGCCCAUCACACCUUGAAGCUUAUCGGCAGUACAGUCUUGGCCAGGCUACAAUGUAUCAGCCAUUUCUCUCGCUCUUGGGAGCUGAUCAACUUCCUGCUUAUAACCAGUCAAUGACAUCAUCGACAUAUCAUCGCAUUUAUGAUCUGAACAAAGACAUGACGACUGGUGCAGUCGCUAGUGAUGUCACACAACAACGUCACAUCUCCCCAGCAACUGGUAAAUCUGCACAAUUAGACAAAUCUUCAGAAAAAUCUCAAAAACAUGACUUCCGUGAGAAAGAGAAACAUGAAAGUAAAUCCCAGAGGGAAACUGGGAAGGAAAAGCAACAAUCUGCACACAAACAAGGUGCAUCUAAAACUAAAACUCCUGCAAAUAAUACUGGCAAAACUGGAAACAAUAAAAAAUCUGACGCAAUAUCUAAAAACUUGAAUAAAAAUACAAGAAAACUUGCAGAAAGUAAUAGUGAGAAGGCUGAAAAUAUGAGAAAGAGUAAGAAUGUUGAUGGUUAUAAAUCUGAUUCUUCUGCUGGGGUAAAGUCAUCUGAGAGUGAUGUGGAUGUAGAGGUGAAUGUUACAGAUAAUAGCUCCACAUGUAGCGAGAACUCUGAUGAUGAUAAUAAGCCAACAGUUGCGAGUCGUUUAAUUGAGGCCAAUGAACGAUUGCAAUCUCAGAAUUCAAUAGCAAUGGAGGAUUCACAGAGAAGGGAAUCACAGGAUUCGCUUACUGUGAACAAGGUUAAAGAUGUAGGGCAUGGAAAUAUAGUUAAAAACAACAUCCCCUCCAACCCAAUUAAUGUUAAAAUAUCUGCUAAAAAUCCUCCAGUUGAUGAAGGUAUGGAACAUGUUGAUAGCAGUAACAGUGAAACUGUGAACAAAAAUGGCACAAGUAUUGCCAAGACUGCUCAUUAUAUCAAUGAUAAAGGUGCUGAUGCCAUCAAGGAUUGUGGUAGCAAUGACAAGUUGAACAUUGUGUGUGAAUCUGAUCCACCCAAGGUUAAAACAUCAGGGGGACGUGAGACCAUAUUGCCAAAAGAGAAAGUUGAUGACGUGGAUGAUGGGUCAUUAUCACCUAGAGCUACACCAACAAAUGUUGCAACAGCAGUUGAUUCUAAAGCAGUUGUAACAAUGAGUGGUGCUUCAACCCUGCUGAUGCCCCAGUACCAGGCGAUGUACUCCUACACCCAGGAGAACAAAGAGGGGCCACUAGAAGGACGCAGGGUACAUGCCCCCCUCUACACCCCUGAGGUGGGCACCCUCCCUAGCCCAGUGCUCUCUACACCUACUCUCUCACAGUCGCAAUCAAAGUCCCGGGAUGAGAGAAAAUAUCGAGUCUACUCACCCAGCCAAUCAGAUAGUUGCAGUAUGAGCAGCCAGGGCUCACCUCAGAGUGCCCAGAAUGCUGCCUCUCCCACAGUCAAUACUAAGGGACACUUCAAGAGAACACCCAGUGAUUCUUAUAAACUCGCCUCUCCCCCAUCAAGUGUUCACAAUAUGCCAAUUACAGACUCAAAACUUGAUGCAAAGGCUGGUCGUGAACUGAAGCCUCUGUCUAUUGCAACUGGAGGCCAUUUAGGGCCAGGUUCCAACCAUGCUAGCCCCUCCACCCCACACAUGCCCUAUAGGGACAUUGCACAAGAUCCUGGAAAACCACCUGGAUCAGCAAAGUUUUUAGAAACUAGCUACACUGGUUUCUCACCAGGUUCUAAGACUGUGGUGACAACGGCCCUCCCUCUGGAUGCCAGGCGCCUGCUUUACCAAAUGGGUCAGUCCCAUGCCCUUGCGGCACAUGGCUACCUCUCCCCUUAUGAGGGCCUCUCUCCUAGACUGAUGACUGAGGAGCAGAGGAAGAGAUUGGCUGAAACUAACUGGUAUUUGAAUUCUCCACCACUCCCAAUUCCACAUUCGGCAGGUUCAGAUGGUGUAGUGGAUCUCUCUACUAAGGCAACUAAGCCUGAGUCAUCAGUGUCUAAAGCAGCAACAAUGAUUUCAACUACAACCACAACAACAGGGACAUCACAUACACCUAAGUCAACUGCAAGAGCAACACCAAUUGUCAAAAAGCAGGAGGAGAAACGACCUAUCAAAAGAGAAUCAAGGAGUAGCGAUGGGAAAAAACCAGAAGAUAUUCUCACAACUUCAGGCAGUGGAAGUAUUCCAGUUGGAAUAGCAGUCGCCAGGCAAAGACAGCAAACAAAGACAGAGAAGGAUAACGGUCGAGUAGAAGGGGAGCAUUCCCUGUCUGGUCUCAGCUCUAGACGAGGAUCACGUGACCAGUCACAUGACCAUGGCUCCCACAGAGAUCGGACAGAACAUCAUAGAGAUCAGAAGGAGUUACUGACCCCCACUAGCAGGAGUAGCAGUAGCAGCCUUACUGCAGACCUCAGUUCUAACCUCAUUGUCACUGGUGGUAGCACUACAUCAGCCCCACAAUGGCCACCAGGGAGCUCUGACAGUGCUGAUAUACGCCCUAGUUUGAUUCCAUCAUUUUAUCCUGGGGCAGGUGCUCAGUCUCUCCUCCACCCAGCUUUGCUGCCCCAGUAUGGCAGUCCUAGUACAGCACAAGGUGUUGAUCCCACAACAAGGUUACCAUUUACUCCACCUGGUGGAUUUAAACUUGCCCAGGAUCCAAUGACAGGGCAGAUAUUCUUCAUUCCUACAAAUAUAGAAAGCUUAGAUGCUAGUAGGAUGUGGCCAUACAGUACAGCACCAGGCCUGCAGCAGCAGUACAUGGUGCAGCACCAACAGAAUGCGUUACAGCACCAGGAACAGCAGAGGAACUUAGAGUUUGUACUUGCCAUGCAACAACACUAUCAGAGGAUCCAGCACCAACAACAAGCUGCACAUGACCUGAAUGUAAAACAAGAGGUAAAGGACACUGUUACAACAUCCCAGCACAACUCUACAACAACAGCACGCAGUAUAACUACAACAACACAACAAACUACAACAUCAACUACAAAUUCUAAAUCUGUAGCCACAUCAAUGAUUCCAAAAACUGUAAAACAGGAGCUACCUAUCCCAGCUGUUGUAUCACUUGCGCAGCAGCCCCCUGCUGCGCCAUUCCUUCCACCAAUCCCCCUCCCUGGACAUUCAUAUCCAUUUCCCUAUCCACCCUCAAACAUUCCAUAUCUGGCAUUUGACCCUGAUAUAAUGCCACCUAUCCCAGGGCUGAAACCACCAACUAAAUUACCUGAAACGCCAUCUGUCAAAUGCGAAUCUGGUCUUCAAAGUCGUGGCACUUCUCCUAUAUCAGUUGCAACCACUUCUGCAACUAGCAAAAUGACUGUGGCAGGAAAAAUAUCUCCAAUCAAAGAAAAAGUAAAAACUGAAUUAGAUGUGGGCUCUAAGACUGAGGAGGAUAAUGUUGUUAAUGCAGUAGUGGGCUCUACAAAAUCUGAAGUUAUUCAGGAUGUUAAGCCUAAAGUUGAUGUGCAAUCUCAUGUUGAGGAAACCCCUGCUUCAGUCAGUGACACUGUAGAGGAACAGAUUAAUGGUGGUAAUGAAAAUGUAGAAAAGGUGAAUGAAAUUGAAACUGCUGAAAGAGAUGACAGUGCGAGUCUUCAUAGCAAAGUUAAUCAAAAUGAUGUAGAAACCACAAAGGAUAUUGAUGAUGACACUAUCAAAAGUGCACACAUGUUAUUGGAUAUUCAAAAAACCAGUGAGUUUAAUCGACAGAUUUCCAGAGACAGUUGUGGAGAAAAGUCCCAUAAUCUAGUAGACAAUAUGAAUGAUUUUUCACACAGACAUUCCAUUAAAGCAGAUUCAUCAACUCUGCUCACUCCAGUCUCAGUGAAAACGGAAGAAAUGACUUCUCCUGGGAGCAUGAUAUCUCCAGAAAUCAGUGGCCUUGACAACCAGUUUAUGGAUGCAGCAGAUGGCCUUGAGCUCCUCAGCGCCCUCUGUGAGAAAAGAUCUGCCGAGUCUGAAUCACCACAGAAAUCCAAGAUGACAGAAACAAAUCAAGCAAAAAGGAUCAAACUGCCGAGGAAGUUGUCAAAGCCCAUCACCAGCUUUCUGAAAAAGGAAUCAUUUGGUCAGUACUCCCCAACAGUCCGGUGUCAGUCAGAAGGUUCCGAGGGAAUGGAUGCCAUGGAGCUUGAAAUGAGAAUGAGGCUAGCAGAACUUCAGAAGCGAUAUAAGGAAAAACAACGUCAACUGUCCAAAUUGAACUCAAUCAAAAAUCGAAGAGAAUCCAGUGACAAGGAAUCCAAGAGAGGUCAAAGUAGAGGGCCUGGUAGACCUAAAAAACGACCAUUUUACUCCAUCUCUACUAAGAAAUCCAAGCUGGAAAAACCCAAGGACUCUAAUGUCCAACUAGAUCAGAAAGGGAAACUGAAGCAUGAUACUCCCAGGAAAACUAACCAAUCCAAAGAUACAACAAUGAGUAAGUCCAAAAAGAGGCCUACAAACACAAAGGUCAAGAGUACAAAGCUAAUUCAGAAGAGAAAAUGGGAAAGUUCAGACUCUGCUUCUUCAUCAGAUUCAGAAGUUGAAGAUGUCAGAUUCUUAUUUGAUGAUGAUGAAGUUGAGGGCCCUCCUAAGAAGAAGACCCCUUCUAAGCCAAAGAAGCCUAAGUUGACAGAGGAGAAAACAAAAGCCAAUGACAAAGUGUCUACUCCCCAAUCCAAGACCACUUCAACUAGUAGUGAGAAACAGAAGCCCAUGUUGAGUAACAGUGACAAGCGCAAGCCAGGCAGGCCAAAGAAACUGACUUCUGAGCAGGGAGACUCAGAAAGCGAUAAUGGAAAGAAGGAAAGUAAUAACUGGGACGAUAAAAACACAUCUGAUACCAACACUUCACCUGAACAGGCUAAAGUUGCAACCCACAUUCCACUAAAUGAGGAAUGGAUGAGACGGAGAAGUGAGCGUAUUUUCCUAAGUGACGCCUCCACCCCCCAGAUUUCACCCCCUAAAAUGUACAACAGUGCCAUGGGGGCAGCACUUGCACAGAAAAAUUCACGAUCACCUGCAUGGAAGAUAAAAACUACAAGCAGUCGAGUGAAAGGCGUACAAGAAAUGACAAAAAAACUUAAGAAAAAAUAUUCCAAACAGAAAGUAGAGAGGGACAGGAACUCUAGCAAAGGGAGUAGCGUGGGUAGCAAGUGUAGCAGUAAGAAGUCUGUGAGCAAAGUGUCCGUGUCAUUGGACGCAGACUCCUCCAGUAGUGAUGAUUUACCUCUCAGCUCCCUCAGGAACAGACCUCCAGUACAAGAGCUACGGUCAUGCAUAAUCCAGAAGGAUGAACUCCGAGAUUGUCUAAGUGUGUUGCACUUUGAAGAUGGCUUAUUCUAUGAGGGUCGUGUGAGGGCCAUUGAGCCCCCUGAUGUCUAUGGGAUUGUUAUCAGUGGGGAGAGGGGAGGCAGACCACAUGUUAUGUCACAGGAGGAACUACUCAGAGUUGCUAUCAUGGAUGUGAAGCCCACACACAGGAGUCAGCUACCAGAGGGGAGAAGAGUGUGUGCCUACUGGAGUCAGCAGUUUAGUUGUCUUUACCCGGGGACAGUAGCGAAAUUGAGCCCAAAUCCUCAUGCCAAGAAGAACUUGAUCCCAGUGGAGUUUGAUGAUGGAGACUCUGGUAGAAUUCCUAUUGCACACAUCAGAAUGUUGCCUCAAGACAUGCCUAUUGUUUCUGAAAAUCCUGACCCAUUGGAUAUCAUUGGGAAACGUCGUCGCCGAACAGCAUCUGAAGACCUUCUGGCGGAGAUCAAGGAGCGCAAACCAUCUGUUUCAGAUACACUCACCAGAUACCAGGCUAUAGAGGAUAAACUACAGUAUGAGAAGUCAAAACGAGGCCCAGGAAGACCCCCUAAACGUGCAAAAACAGAUAUGGACACCAUUGAUGAGAAUGAUUCAGAAGAUGAGACAAAUGAUGAUGUUUUUAUGGAAGAUAGAAGCAAAGUUGAAUCUAAGGAAGAGAGACUAUUUGGUGACAAAUCAGAGUCUGACAGAUUGUGGCCAAAGCCACAUCGUAGGAAAUCUAAGGAUCAAAAUAAGGCCAGAGACAGAAGCUCUGAAAGAAAACGACACAUUCCACAGCCUGCUAAGUUUGUCUUUAAUAGAGAUAAAGAUUUAUUAGUAGGUGAUGACCUAUUGAAAAAUUCUUCAGAAUCUGAUCCAACGAAAUCCAAUAAUCACGAUUCCAUGUCCAAAAUCCGAAAUUCUGAACUUUCUGAUGAUGAUUCUGAUUCAUCCGAUUGUAGUUCAACUAGUUCUAGUUCAUCAUCCUCAUUUGGGAGCUCAUCAAGUUCAGAUGAUGACAGUGAUAGUGAUUGUUCUAGUGAUAAUAGACAUAAGGUUACUAUGAAAACCAAUGAAAUGUCAGACCAGCUUGAUGAACCUCAACAAAAAAGCCCACAAAAAGACCAGUCUGAGUUAGUGGAUUAUAAUGCAGUGUAUAAUGUAGAACAGAGACGCCUGUGGGAGUGGUUAGGUCCAUGCACUAAACGUCCUGGUAUGAAGGGCAAGGCCAAGAAGGAGUUUUACAAGUCCAUAAAACGGGGGCCUGAGACACUGAAUGUAGGAGACUGUGCAGUGUUUUUGUCUACUGGACGAGCACAUCUUCCAUAUAUAGGCAGAAUUGAGGGAUUCUGGGAAGGUUGGGGUGGCAAUAUGGUUGUGCGUGUAAAGUGGUUUUAUCACCCUGAGGAAACCAAAGGAGGACGCAAGUUGUCAGAUUUAGAGGGAGCUUUAUAUGAAUCCCCUCAUAUGGAUGAAAAUGACAUUCAGACAAUAUCCCACAAAUGUGAAGUGUUGAAAUUCAAACAGUAUCAACUGCGCAAGAAGAUCUGUGGACCUACUUGGGAUAAUACUGAUGUUUACUACCUGGCAGGAAACUAUGACCCAGCCCUGAGAAUUAUACAGACAGAGCCUGAUGUAUUCUAAUACUACAGCUUAUUAAGUAGUAUUCUGUCAAUUUUUAGAUACAUGAAUACCGGAUUAGUAGCACGUGUUAAGAUACAGAAUGUGACUGAUGGGAUUAAUAGCGACAUUGUAAAUGACAGAAUGUUCAGAAGAGCCAUUGAUGUAAGCCACGAUCUACUUGAUGAUUUCAGUUUAUAGAAAAGUCUCAAAUCAGUGGUGGUAUAGUUUGGUGUUGCUUGUGCCAAAAGAUCUACUAGUAUAUAUAUAUAACAUUUGUAAGACAAUGGAAUGGCCUCACAGACAAGGAAUGUAAAUAUUUCCAAAAAUUAAUAUGAAAGGAAUGAAGUAAUUUAUGCUCCAAGUAGAAAUAAGCUUAAUUUUCAUUCUAAAUAGGCUAUUCGAAAUUGAGUAAAAGUGAAAGUUUUAUUGAAAGAUUGUUGAUCAACUUUGAAAUUUUUGUUUUUGAAAAUAUGAUUUCUAGGUCAAUGUUAUAAAAUCACCAAAAUUUAAAUAUCUUUUCUUUUACUGAACAGACGAUCAUUUCUUUUACUGAAUAUAUUUUAAAUAGUUCAUUUAUAAAGCUCAAAUAAGUUGGAUGAAAAUUGAUCCACCAAUCAUGUCUGCCAUGUUGUGACCCCAAUUAGCCACCUGGUGGUGAAACUGGCUGCUAGCACCUUGGUAAUUAGAUCAAAUAUUCAAAAACUAUAAUCUAAAUAAUAUUCAAUGAUUCAUUAU